GGUGCGCGCCGUUUGAAAGCAUGGCGCCGGCGGGGCGGCUGGUGCUGAGCGAGGAGAAAAUCCGCGAGAAGAGCGGCCUGCCGCCUCACUGCGACCUGGCUGAACUUCAGUCAUUAUCUAUUCCUGGAACUUACCAAGAAAAAAUUACUCACCUAGGAAACUCCUUGAUGAAUUUAACAGGUCUGAGGUCUCUAGAUCUGUCACGCAACUCCUUGGUUAGUCUAGAGGGCAUCGAGCACCUGGUCGCGCUGCAGCGCCUCAGCCUCUACUACAACCGCAUCUCCUCGCCUGCCGAGCUGUUCCGGCUCCGUGCGCUGCCCGCGCUCUCGGAUGCAGACUUCCGGCUGAACCCCGUGGUGAAGAGCGAGCCCGGCUACCGCCUCUUCAUGGUGCACCUGCUCCCAGGGCUCCGGCGGCUGGAUGACCGCCCUGUGAGGGAGAGCGAGCGGGAAGCAUCCCAGCUGCAUUUUGCUUCAGAGGAAUCACUGGACUCAAAGCAGAGCUUCCCAACUGCUUUCAGAGUCGAAAGACCGCGCCACUCCAGAGCCACGUGCGCCGACCCCUCGGCCGGGAAGUGCUUGGUCAUGGAUGCGGACGACGAGGCGGUCCUGAACCUCAUUGCCGAGUGUGAGUGGGACCUGGGCAACCCUCCCGGGAGCACGAGCUCCAGCCAGAAGGAGCGAGAGGUCAGCUUCCAGGGCUCCCAAGUAGAGUCACGGCGUCCGCUGAGCCCGCUGUCGGCGCAGCACCAGUGUGGGGACUCCCGGAGGAAGGGCCGCGGGAAGACGAGCGGCGCCAGGGGCGUGUGUGCGGAGCUGCAGCUUCAGGACCCACGCUGUGGCGAGCCCCCUGCGCAGCCCUUCCCGCCUCGCCCCGACUCCGUGGACGACGACGACCCAGCCCUUUCUCAAAAGUCAAGUUUGUCGACACAGAAGGUGUUAAAUCCAUUGCCUGCUGCCGAAAAGCACAGGAAGCGAAGAAUGCCUGGUGGGAGGUUCCAGGCACCUGCGGACCAGGAGUGUCUGAGCUGCCUGGAGGCACCCGACGGGCCCUCGAGCCUUGAGAGUCUGAGCAGGAGGAAUGGUUCCGAGGCGUGGAGCAAGGGGACCUUCUCUCACCCAGUGGCGUUGGAGCCCGGGCAGCAGGGGCCCCCCAGCGCAAGUGGCUCUGGAGAGGUGUGUCCUAGGCGGCACUUGGCCGCACCGCCCGGGAUGAAGCCCACCCUGGAGGUACUGGCCCUGGAAGCCCUCCUCGACCUGGUGGACCGAUACUGGAGUGGCUGCAGGUCCCUGCACAGCAACGAGGUGUUCCUUGCUCAGGCAAGACACAUUUUGUCGUCUGUUCAAGAAUUCACAGCCACUCAGGACAGUUCCACAACUGUGAGUGAGGAGAUCAGCUACCUGACUCUGGAAAAUAAGUCCCUCUAUGGCCACCUGGCCGAGCUGCAGCAACAGCACAGCGUGAGGAUGCGCGAGGUGGUGUCGGAGCUCGGCGACACUCGGAGGGAGAUGGACCAGCUGAGGCAGCACCUGGACCGCGCGCUGGAGGAGAGCAGCAGCCUGAAGUCGCUCUUGCUCAGCGUGAAGGAGGUGGCGAGAAGCGCCGACCCACCUGCCGCGCUGAGCGUGCAGAUCGCGGGACUGCAGGCGGGUGUGAAGAGCCUGUCAGGGGAGGUGGUGGAGCUGAGGCAGCACCUGGAGCAUGACGACAGGGUGCAGGAGCUCACGCAGCUGCUCCAGGAGAGCCACAGGUCCCUGGUCAGCACCAACGAGCGCCUCCUGCAGGAGCUGGGCCAGGUGCGGGCGCAGCACCAGGUGGAGGUGGAGCAGCUGCACUGGAGCUACAAGGAGCUCAAGAAGACCCUGGCCCUGUUCCCCGCCGGGGUCACCAGCCCAGGCCGACGCUAGCCCUGCGCUCCGUGCUGUGCCCGCAGUGCCUGAGCGCUUGGGGUGUGUUUGGGGCCUGUGGCUCGGUGCUCUGAAGCAUCCUAAGAAGACAGGCUUAAUCCAGGCCCUUCACGUUGAGACAGACAGAUCAGUCGUUUUUCAUCAUGCAGCUUGAGAUAAAAAAUGCUGUAUUUUUCUGCCUGAUGUGCAAGAGAGCCACGUGGAUGAGAACAAAAGAGCUCAUAUGGGACAAGCAGUUUUGUUUAAUAAACUAACACGUCCUGAAAGGGCAGCUCCUUCAUUGUG